AUGGAGCCCCCACAACCACCACAGUCCGACCACGGGUCUGACCGUACUCCACCUCAAAUCAACACCUUAUAUCCACCUCACCCGCCCUCGCGCACCGCCAAUAGCACACCCGUGUCCUCUCCAGGACUUUUCAGUCCCAUCAACCCACGCGCAACCAUGUCACUACCUUCCUCACAGUCCGUCUCUGAGACUACGACGCCUGCUGCCCAGCACAGUCCAUACCUACACCCUCUACAGACCACUCACACGGUUCGAGAGACACACGUCGCCAAUGUCGAUAGAGACUAUACGACCGGCCGUAAGAUCAUCAAUCACUACGAGGUCAUCGAAGAGAUAGGACGUGGUGUUCACGGCAAGGUCAAAUUGGCUCGUGACCUCCACACGAACCAGAACGUGGCCAUCAAGAUUGUCCCUCGAUUCUCCAAGAAACGUCGACUCGGCAGGAUCACACAGAACGUAUCCCCAUUCGAGAAGACGAAGAGGGAGAUUGCCAUCCUCAAGAAGAUCAGACAUCCCAACGUUGUAGCUCUCCUCGAGGUCAUCGAUGACCCGGAUUAUAAGAAAAUCUAUCUCUGCCUCGAGCAUGUGGAGUGCGGAGAGGUCAUCUGGAGGAAGAAGGGUCUCCCGCACAUCUGCGCUUUCGAACGUCAGCGGAUCGAGAGGGAGAUGAGAGGAGAGGUGCUCACCGAGGAAGAGGAACAUUACAUUCUCAAUCUGGAGCGCAGGUACAACCUCAAGGAGCUGAAAAGGGCCCACCUUGCAGAAAAGAAUGGCAUGCAACCCGGACCAUGGAGCCUGGAAUUCGGUCAGGAUGACGCAUCGCGUAUCUCGGAAACAGGCGGGUCGGACGCUGAGGCGGCCUGGUCAAAUUCAGGCUCCCCUGCAGGCCGGAUGUCCGCACCCCCUUCGCAACCUCCAUCCAGGACUCAGUCAAUGCGAUCCAUGACUGGGGCCGAGUUCGAAGCAUCACCGACCAGUUACGACUAUGAAGACAACGCCGAAACACCCGGCACUUUCUCAACCAUCACUCCCACCCAUGCCCUCGACGGAACCAUGUACGGUGCAUACGACGACAUGCAAUUCCGAGAACGCUCUCCAAGUAUGGCUGACUCCAUCAUCUCGCACAUGUCUUCUGUCGAUUUCAAUCCCCACACGCACGAUCCCUUUGCCGAUGACUUCUCUUACGUGCCUUGCUUCACCAUCGACGAGGCAAGGCGGGCCUUCAGAGACGUCGUGCUUGGUCUUCAGUAUCUGCAUUACCAAGGGAUUGUCCAUAGGGAUAUCAAGCCGGCGAACCUACUCUGGACCAAGGAGCACACCGUCAAGAUCUCGGACUUCGGUGUCUCUUAUUUCGGCAGGCCCAUAAGAGACUUCGACCUCGUCGAUACCGUCUCCGAGUCCGAAGCCCAGGACUUCGAUGACGAACUGGAGCUCUCCAAGACUGUCGGCACACCAGCUUUCUUCGCGCCAGAGCUGUGUUACACCGAUCUCGACAGUGGGCCACCACCAAGGGUCUCGGAGAAAAUUGACAUCUGGUCUCUCGGAGUCACCCUGUACUGCAUGAUCUUUGCCAGAAUACCCUUCCUGGCCGAGGAUGAGUUCCAGAUGUUCAAAAAGAUCGCAACAGACCAGGUGUACAUACCCAACAGACGCCUACGACCUGUCGACCCGUCAACGUCACCCAAAGCUCUAGCUUUCAGCAACAGGGAAGUGCGGCCUCCCUAUCGCGACGAUUAUGCACUUGUUUACGAAGAUGUCGACGAGAAUUUGCGGGAUCUGUUGGCCAAGAUGCUUGUCAAAGAUCCCAGGAACCGCAUUGAGCUGCGUGAUAUCAAACGACACCCUUGGAUCCUCGCAGACAUGCCCAACCAGGUUGGAUGGAUUGACGAUACGGAUCCGUACCGGCAGACUGAGGGCCGCAAAAUCCAGCUUACCGACAAGGAUCUACAUGAUGCCGUCAUACCUUUCACAUUGAUCAAGCGUGCAGGCAAGAAGGUCGAGACCAGCUUCAAGAAGACCCUGAAAUACAUCUCAGGGCCCUUUUCUGACCGCACCGAGGAAGGAUCUAGAAAGAGAGCCACCAGUAGCGCGGCCAGCUCGGUAGGAGAGAGCCCUGCCCUCACCCCAAUCAUACCAGGUCUACGUGAUGGCCGGAGGAAGAGCUUGCGCGGAGACGCCGAAUACUUCCCACCCGUGAGGGAACAACACCAGCUUCCCCAGAGAGACCAUCCGUUGACAUACAGCGUGACGGCUAGCCCAGACGAGACCCCGCCAACAGUUGAUGCGUCGACCUCCAAGAACCCGAUGCCGCCCGGCCACUUCUCUUCUCAACAAGGCUUUGAGACCCUUGCUACCGAUUCUCAAGGCAAUGAGGAAGCGGCAGAACGCCAGACACCCACAGCAUCUCGAUACGAGUUUCCGCGGCGACACAGACAUUCGCAAUCUAUCUCAAACGCUACCCUAGCGCUGAAGAACAAUAUUCUCGAGGCCCACACUGCGCCCACCACACCUGCUAUCGACGCUGUGGACGAGUCAUCAAACGGCCUGUCCCGAAAGGGACGCGAUGUUAUGGGGUCUGUCGAGGACUCGGCCAGAUCUCAGUCGGUCGAUCGGGCGCUGGUUUUCAAUUCCCAUGAUAAACGAGCCUCGCCGAAAGUUGCGGUCAGUACUUUUGUCGCACCGGGAAGUUUCGAGCAGCCGAAACGACUGCAGCAGAUGCGGUCUUUGGACCUUACUGGGACGGCUUUCGACAGUCCCCUGCCCUCUCCGCUUCUCUUCUCCAACCAAGCAAUCGCGGCUUAUCAUGCCGUCGUACAACAUAAAUCCGAGACCACGCUGGAUAAGUUUCAGACGGUGGUCAAGAUAGAUGAGAGGCCUGUGACAGCUCACCGUGUCAAGGACAUGGAGGGCAAGACACCUCCGCCCCGAAACUACAAUACCUCAACGGCGGAACUUGAAUACGAGGAACGGAUCAACCACCAGCAGCAAAACUUGCAACCUCCUGCCGAGAUAGAUCCGGCUAAAGUGCCGUGUCCCCCAUCUCCUGAUGACGAUGGUUUUCUGGCCGGUCAAGCAAUACCUCGCGAGGACACCUGUAGCACCAAAUUUUCUUCCAAGUCCAAUUCCGGUGAUGCGAUCGCAACUCCGUGGACCAGUCCUAGUGUGAUGACUUCUCCGGUCAGCUAUACGACCUCGGCAUCCCAGAAAGAUUUCGCGGAGGCGGUCUUCCAAUCCGACCCAUCUCUCCCCGCCUUGCUGAGUGGGGCUUCAUCAGUGUCGGCGGAUCCGGAAGGCGAGCCCUUAGGCGUUCCAGUUCGAGUCAAUCGCUCGGCUGCCCUCGAGACGACCGACUCCCUCACGCCUCCGGCCCUGGUCAAAGAACCGGAUACUGGUUUCCCGCUCGAAGACGCAACUUUGGAUCACUCGGACCAGACCGCGUUCCAGGUUGAUGACCUUGAGCCUGAUAGCGUGACCUUGUCAAAUGCUACCGCUACUCCGCUUGGCUCGCGAUCUACUCACGACGGGGACGACACGGACAGUGACGAUGACGGACUCUUGAUGAUGAGCCGCCGGUCUAAGAAGUCGAACGCGCUCAAAGACUCUCCGAAGCACAUCUUCAGACCAAGAAGACGAGGCACGAAUGCUUCUGUCGGCAGCACAGAUACUGCCAAAAAGAUCCUGUCACCUGACGAGUGA